AUGGCCUCAGUUGCGCCUGUUGGAAGCACCCAAGCGUCUGCCACGCCGGCAGCUACUCCUACGCCGGCAGCGAGCAAUGCUGCCGACGACACAGUGACACUUUCUUCGCUAGAGCAGAGAACUCUGAAUCCGGAAUGGUUUUUGUAUACUGAACUGGCAAGAUUUUACCUUGGGGAACGUGCAGCUUUGAUAAUUGAUUUGCUUAUUUCAAAGGGAAGAUUGAGUGUGUUCGAGAUACUGGAAAGAUCACCUUCUUUGGACGCAAGAAGUAUUAGAACAGCUCUGGUAUCUUUGAUCCAAGUCAGAUGCGUCAGAUAUUGGGAGGAGGUUGCACCGUCCGGGAGAUCUACCACGUACUACUAUUUCAACGAGGAUGGGCUGCUGCUGUUUUUGUACUCUGGCCUGAUUAUCGAGGAAGUGAGCCAACAGGUUCCGCAGAGCGAUUUGGCAGCGCAAAUCGCACAAUCAAUUCUUUCUUUGGGCUCUAUUACUGUCAAGGAUUUUUUGCACAACUUCGAGAGCUCAAAGAAUGAAAUUUUGUCAGUAUUUGUGCAGCUCUGUGAGUCAGGAUUUCUAUCGCCUUUGUCCAAGUUGCAUUAUGCGCCAUUGAACGACCUGUGGACGCAUCUAUAUGAAAAGGAAUACGAUGCUAUACCAAGGACGUCGACCCUCUCGGACCUUAAGAAAAGGACCGAAGCUAAAGGAAAAGCUAAAGUGGAGUUCCAGAAACUGCUCAGUGCAGCCAACGACACGAGCAGCAUUCUAACAGUUGAUCCUGAAACAUCCUUGAGGACUGUGGUAAAUACCGCGCCAUUGGUCUUGAAUCUGGAGAGAUUCUUAAAGAGCCGAAGAUCCAAGCAGCUAGUCAAGCUUGCUAAGACCAGGACGGGUUCCGUUCCAGCAGAGAUUUACAAGGUCGCUCUAGCGAUCUCUGAACGCAAGACACCGCCACUGGUAGAUCCGAUGAAGAGAACAGGAUUGCUGCAAGAACUCGACGAAGCGAAGGCCAUCGAGGAGGACUUGGAACUUAUGGAGGAGAAGACCCAAGGAGUUACGUUCAACGCCAUAGAUAUUUCAAAAUACCUACCUUCUACUUUCGACCUUCGUGGAACUAUGGUAUCAACUUUAAAAGGCACCAGAAAUUCAAACGAUACAGGCGGCCAGCCGAAUAAGAGACUGAAAACCGAGGAUGGAUUCGUGAUUCCUCCAUUGCCCAAAAAUAUUAACAACGAGGUUGAUCAGAAUGAAGACGAAGAUUUUGAGGAUUUUGACGACAACGAUCCAGAUCCACAUUCGAUCUCUCUCAUCAAUAAUCACCUAAGACUGCUCGCCUCUUCAAGUAUCCCAUUCCUCAAAGAGUCAAGGCCGGGCGUGUAUUAUGUACCUUAUUCGAAGCUGGUUCCUGCACUCAAAUCUUCCGUUUACGAUUAUUUGCUUGCUUCUACUCUGGGUCCAUCGGCAAUGCGCAUUCGUCGCUGCAUUUGUGCCAAUAGUUUAGUGUCAGAGAAGGUAAUCAACUCGACAGCUCUUAUGAAGGAGAAAGACAUUAGAUCUACUAUUGCCUCCCUUGUGAAGUAUAACGUGGUUGAGAUACAGGAAGUCCCAAGAACAGCAGAUAGGGCUGCUUCCAGGGCUGUAUUCCUAUUCAGAUCAAAGGAGAGGCAUGCUUACGAUUUUAUGAAGCAGAAUCUUGCCUGGAAUAUUGGAAACCUCUUAUUCAAAAAAGAGAAACUGAAGGAGGAGAAUAUUGAUCUUCUAACAAAAGCAAAUAGAGAUGACGUUAAAGGGAGAGAAAGUGAACUUUUACUGCCAAGUGAGUUGAAUCAGCUUAGAAUGGUCAACGAGCGCGAAUUGAACAUAAUAACUCGCGUGUGUCGGGUUCUAUCACUUUGGGAAGUUUUCAAAUUCUUUUGA